AUGGGUAGGGUGAAGCAUGAGAGAAAGAUCAGUGACAGAAAAUUAUGCAGUGAUGCAUUGGCAAACGCUGUUUCUGUAUCUUCAAAGCUCUUGGAUUCUGCAGAUAUUUCCGAUACAAUGUCGAAAAGAAUAUUCCUCUUUUACCAAAAGAACACGGGAAAACUUAUCAAAGAGGCAAAAUGUCUUCAAUCCCAAAAGAAAGAGCUAAUUAGAGAAUUAUUUGCUGCUAAUGAGAAAUUGGAAAAAGCAGAGGAAGUAAAUCGAAAGCUUACUUCUGAAGCUGAGCGUCUUCGCAGGAAUUUAGAAACCAUUCGUGACGUCUUGAAAGACAGUGACAUUGAUAAGGUAAAGGAACGGCUUGCUCAACUUGAGGACAAUAGUUUUUUGCAUACGCCUGUUUCUAAUCGAAGCCGUUGUCGAGUUCAACAUUCUGCUGGCUCUUUGCUUGAUUCGGACAACACAUCAUCCGGUGGUUCUGAUGUUGAGAAUCAAGUUCCAAAUGAACGUUUAUCUGUUCGACGUUCUGCACGACUAAGUAAAGGUGUAGAUAUUCCAUAUAUCGAUAGUCCGAAAACUCCAUCCCGCAAACGGCCAACGUUAGAUGAUGCUGAAUUCUAUCAUGAUGUUUCAUUUAAAAAGUUGGCGAUAGAUCAGACUAAUAUGGAAGAUAAUGGGCGUGGUUCUGAUGAUUCUUAUUCCGUCAAGUGUCGUUCUAGUGCGUUUCGGACACCCGAACCACCAAAGCAAAAGGUCUUCAUUGAAAAUCGUCUCACUCGUCUUCAUGACUUUCAUCCGAUUUCGGGUCUUCGUUUGGGAAUAUGCAGUUGCUGUGGUAAACGAUUCGCUUUUGGUAGACCUGCUUUGCGAUGUAAAAUCUGCAGACUCAUAGUCCAUGUACAGUGUCAGCAUCAGUUGAAGCAACGAUGUGUUCCACCCGCUGAUUUACCCCCAUUCAACUCGCCAAAGACUCCAAAUGGUGCAUUUAAUUCACCAAUGACACCUGUCACACUUCAUAGGUUGAGGAGUGGUGGUGGUCCUUCACCCCUAGCCCCAAGUACGCCUUCUUCGACCAUAAGACGACAGUUGUACCCUUGGCAUACCCUCAGUUUGGAUGCACUCUGUCCCGCUAACGAAUCACCGCGUAUUCCAGCAGCUGUCAUCCUUUGUGUUAAUGAAGUUGCCUCUCGGGGUUUUAUCCAACUGGGUAUCUAUCGCGUUCCAGGCGGUGAAAAGAAAGUGCAAGGUGUGAAAAUCCUGUUUAGUAAAUUUAAGCGAAUUCUAGUUAAGAAUAAUAUGCAGAUGGCCGUUGUUAAAAUCGUCUGCAUGUAUACUGGUGUUGGCAGUGUCUCAGAGAAGUUAAAAGUUUGCGUCCUAGUUAAUUUUAUUCCUGCUUCAACUUUAGAUCUCUUGGACAAAUUCCUCUAUAGCCGUACAACUCCCAGUCUGGCGCUGGUUGAAGAUAUCCAUGUUGUUUGCUCCUGUUUGAAGGCCUUCCUUCGCUUACUGGAUGAGCCGCUAGUUACACUGCGCCUGCGUCCUCAGUUUGUUGCAGCGGGCGAACUUUUCAACACUGAUCCGGAAAGGGCCAAGUAUCGUGCUGCCGAGUUGAUCGAGAGUUUACCGACUGCUAAUCGGGACACCCUGGCUUUUUUGUUGCUUCAUCUUAAGGAUGUUGCAAGGUCAAAGCCAUGCAAAAUGGGUGAGGCGAAUUUGGCCAAAGUUUUCGGACUCACUAUUGUUGGCCACUCCUCUGUUGAACCGCCAUUAGCUCUAGCUUCAAGCGAAAUUCAGUCCCAGCAGGCUACGGUUCGAUUGCUAAUUGCGGUACCUGACGCCGUUUACUCUACAAUUGUGGGUUAA